AUGGGAGCUGGCGGUUCGAAACCGGAAGAUCAGCAGAAGGAGAAGACUCCAUCCUAUCCUAAUCAAGUUAUAUACACUGAUGCAUUUUUACAGUCCGCUGGAGAGGAGAGUAGACAGUAUGAAGAUGGUCUUGUGGAACCAUCAGCACCUCAGCUUGAUGACAGUGAUGACGAUGAUGAUUACGACAUUACUAGCAUGCACGUGUCGACGGGUAUGGAUGGUUUAGGGGCUGCUGAUGAUGGAGACGCAAAGUCCAGUUCGAAGGAGCUACAAGCUAGGACGUUCCUUACUGAGGCUGAGAAGUUCCAGCAAAUGACCGACUCCAUGACACAGUCCAUGCACGAGAAGACCUCCGACUUGAUCGACAAAUACCCACCGACGCAACGACGAGAUGAUGUUGUGACUACGCUAGGCAAGCGGUUAUCAGUGUUUCAAGACCAUGAAGAUAAGCUGGAUGUAAAAGGUAGGAAGAUGCUCGAUGAUUGA